AUGAAGUUCAAGAAAUGGCUUCGAGAGAUACUCACGGAUGUUCACUACAGAGAGCUUGACCCCAAUUUCGAGAUCGACAAGCUGGCGACCCAUGCUUCAGAAACCCCAGCCAUGAGAUCGCUCAUGAAAGACUUCGAUGUGAAGAAGAAACAUUUCACGGUGGCGUCGCCCGAUUACCAACUAGAGCUUCCAUUUCCAUUGGAAAACCUCGAUAUUCCAGGUGUGAAACAAGGCCUUCUCACUAUCAAGAGGCAAGACAUGGAGUCAUUCUUCGACGCGUCAAUCGAGCGGAUCGUCAGAAUGAUCAAGGGUCACGUCAAGAGGAUUCGAGAACAGUGCCACAACCGCCCCAAGGUAAAGAAGUCUCCCCGCCGUCGCGGUGAAGGACACUAA